AAUCGGGUCAGAGUUGGAAUCGAAGUGGGGGUUUGGGAACGUGAUCGGAUCGAUUAGGCAUUUUCAUUAUUGAAAUGGGAAUGCCCGAUCGGAAUCUGGAGGAACACGAACGAUGAGCAAAACGGUGCGUAAAGAAGAAGAAGAAGAAGAAGAAGAAGAAGAAGAGUGCUUCUACGAGUCACAAGACCGUUUGCUUUCUCUUUCAUCCUCUUGCUCAUGCUCAGCCUCCAACUCCGACGACGACGACGACGAAAAACAACCACCGCAACAACCACCACAACCACAACCGCAACCGCAACAACAACACUCCACAAACAACAAUUACUACAAUUACAAUUUCGCCCUCAACAACUACGACAUAUGGAUCUCCCAACCUUCCUCCGUCUCCGAACGCCGCACCCGCCUCCUCCAAAACAUGGGACUCUCCGACGACCCUUCCCUGACACGUGGCAAGCCUGACAUCAUCAAUGCCGACUUCUCCCGAUCCGUUUCCUCCGAUCACCUCAACCAACACCCGCCCAAAACCUCCGCCUCCGCCGCAGCAGCCGCCGCUUCCAUGGUCCGAUCGAAAUCAGACGGCGCGUGUGAGAAUUAUAAUAAUAGUAACAACAACAGUAAUAAUAAUAAUGAUUCGUCUUCUUCGAUUCUUUCCAUUCUUUCUGUAAAUAACCGGAAUGGCGAGGGUGGGUCCCCAGGGAAGCCUCCUUCGGGGAAGAGUUGCAAGGGGAGCGAAUCGUCGCCGUCGGCGGUGGUGGUUGUGGAGGAGGAGGUGGAGAGGGUGAAGGAAACGGAAACGGAAAAGGAAAAGGAACAACAAGUGUGCACCAUAAGAGAUCUUGAUAAUGGGAAGGAGUUUGUGGUGAAGGAGGUUAGGGAAGAUGGGAUGUGGGACAAGCUCAGGGAGGUCGAGACAGGUAGGCAGUUUACCAUGGAAGAGUUCCAGAUGACGGUGGUGGGGCACUCGCCGAUUGUUCAGGAGUUAAUGCGCCGGCAGAACGUGGAGGAGGGUAAUGGUAAUGGUAAUGCUAAGGACAAUGUUGAUAACAUUUUCAAUGCUAAUGGAGGGAAUGGAAGUGGAGGAGGAGGAGGAGGUGGCGGUGGUAGUGGUGGUGGUGGUGGUUUCAAGGUGAAGAAGAAAGGUGGGUGGUUGAAGAGUAUCAAGAGUGUUGCAAGUUCAAUGGCGGGUCAUAAGGAGAGGCGGAGUAGCGACGAGAGGGAUACCUCGUCGGAGAAGGGUGGAAGGAGGUCGAGUUCUGCCACUGAUGAUAGCCAGGAUGCUGCUGCUGCUGCUACUUCAUUUCAUGGACCUGAGAGGGUGAGGGUUAGACAGUAUGGGAAGUCAUGUAAAGAGCUUACUGCAAUGUAUAAGAGCCAGGAGAUACGGGCUCAUAAUGGAUCUAUAUGGAGUAUUAAGUUUAGUUUGGAUGGGAAGUAUCUUGCCAGUGCUGGUGAGGAUUCUGUGAUUCAUGUUUGGCAGGUUGUGGAGUCAGAGAGGAAAGGGGAGCUGCUGAUGGAGAGACCAGACGAUGGGAAUGUCAAUAUGUUGUUUGUCGUAAAUGCGUCGCCGGAAUCUGCUGCGCUUCUGUCCCCUACCAUGGAUAGCAACCAUCCGGAGAAGAGGAGAAAGGGGAGGUCAUCCAUUAGCAGAAAGUCACUGAGCUUGGACCAAUUCGUGGUGCCAGAAACUGUGUUUGCACUCACAGAAAAACCCAUUUGCUCCUUUCAAGGCCAUGUCGAUGAUGUGCUUGACCUUUCCUGGUCAAAGUCUCAGCACUUGCUUUCAUCUUCAAUGGACAAAACAGUGCGGCUAUGGCAUUUGUCGAGCAAGUCUUGUUUGAAAAUUUUUUCACACAGUGACUUUGUAACUUGCAUCCAGUUUAAUCCUGUUGAUGAUAGAUACUUCAUUAGCGGAUCUUUGGAUGCUAAGGUUCGCAUAUGGAGCAUACCUGAACGAAAAGUUGUUGAUUGGGUUGAUCUGCAUGAGAUGGUCACUGCUGCUUGUUAUACUCCUGACGGUCAGGGUGCCCUAGUUGGUUCAUACAAGGGUAGCUGCCAUUUAUAUAAUACAUCUGAAAAUAAGUUGCAACAGAAAAGUCAGAUCAAUCUGCAGAACAAGAAAAAGAAAUCACAUCACAAGAAAAUUACUGGUUUCCAGUUUGCCCCAGGAAGUUCAUCAGAAGUACUUAUCACAUCUGCUGAUUCACGAAUACGGGUUGUUGAUGGUGUUGAUCUGGUUCAUAAGUUUAAAGGCUUUCGUAAUGCAACUAGCUCAAUUUCAGCCUCCCUCACAGCAAAUGGUAAAUAUGUUGUCGCUGCGAGUGAGGAUUCUCAUGUAUACAUCUGGAAAAAUGAAGCCGAUUGCAGGCCUAACAGAAGUAAAAGUGUGACUGUCACGCGUUCAUAUGAACUUUUUCACUGUAAAGAUGUGUCAGUGGCCAUUCCUUGGCCUGGCAUUGGUGAUGCAUGGGACAUGCAUGAUGCAUUUUCUGGAGAACAACCUGAGCUUGAUAACAACACUGAUGAAGUCUCAUCGGCCAAUCAUCCUCCUACCCCUGUAGAUGAAAACUUUGGUACCGAGGGUUCCCGAUCUGCCUCAGUUUACAACAAUAGUCCGCGUCAUGCAACCAUUGGAAGUGCGACAAACAGUUACUUUUUUGAUAGAAUUGCAACAUGGCCAGAAGAAAAACUUCUUCUAAGUGCAAGAAAUCAUAGCCCCCGUGUCAGUUUGGAUUUCUCUAAUGGGGUUAGUCAAAAAAUGUCAGCCUGGGGUAUGGUGAUUGUAACUGCCGGCCUUCGAGGUGAAAUUAGAACUUUCCAAAAUUUUGGAUUGCCCCUUCGGAUAUAAGAGGUGAUUGGAUAUGCAUACUUAUGGGCAUGGCAGGGAAUGAGUUCAUAAUAUCAGCUCAGAAGGCAGUAGGCUUCACAUUUCUUUAGUUGGCGAAAACCUGUACAGAAAGUGGGUGAGAUUUGUAAUAUUAGCGGGGUUCUAUUUCUUUUCUUGAUAUUGUGCUUGUUGGAUGAAGGUAGGUUGCCAUUCCAAUCAGCCACUGAUGGGGGAAAAUGGGGAAACAUUGUCAAACAAGAAAAAAAAAAAAAAAGGCACACCAAGAAUUUAGAAACCGAUGGAUUUUUAUGUAAUCAGGAAAUGUAGAGUUACU